AAUGAUGAGCUCACUUUGGAUAAUAUCAGCAGACCGAGGUUGGUGAAUAUGUGCAAAUAUAUGGGUAUCAACCCCUUUGGAACUGAUGCAUAUUUGCGAUUCAUGCUUCGAAAGAGGCUUCAAAAGAUCAAGAAUGAUGACAAGAUGAUUAAAGCAGAGGGCGUAGAGUCCCUUUCGGAGGAUGAGCUCCGUCAAGCCUGUCGAGAACGAGGUUUACUUGGAUUACUUUCAGUAGAAGAAAUGCGGCAGCAGUUGCGAGAUUGGCUGGACUUAUCGCUCAACCAUUCAGUACCAUCUUCUUUGUUAAUCCUUUCUAGAGCCUUCACAGUAUCAGGCAAAGUAAAACCAGAGGAAGCUGUUCAAGCUACACUUUCAUCACUGCCAGAUGAAGUGGUGGACACUGUUCAAGUUACAUCAAUGCCAUCUGAAGAUUCUCUUGCUGAAAGGAAGAGAAAGCUUGAGUUCUUAGAAAUGGAAGAAGAGCUCAUCAAGGAAGAGGAAGAGGAAGAAGAAGAAGAGCAGGCUAAGAUGAAAGAAAAGCAGAAGGAUGUAGCUUUGGAAGAGAUGACUCUUGCAACAGCUAAAGAAGCAGAAGAACUAAAGAAAACCAAAACUUUGGAUCAACAAGAGCAGCUUUGUGAGCUUAGUCGUGCAUUGGCUGUUUUAGCAUCGGCUUCGUCUGUAAGCCUGGAGCGUCAUGAGUUUUUGAGACUUGUCAAGAAAGAGAUAGAGUUGUACAAUAGCAUGGUGGAUAAAGGGGGCCCUGAAGGUGAAGAAGAAGCCCGAAAGGCAUAUAAAGCUGCUAGGGAGGAAGACACUGACCACAAUAAAGAACGGACUGUGGACGAUAAAGUUUCAUCAGCACUUAUUAACAGGGUUGAUGUAAUGCUCCAAAAACUUGAAAAGGAAAUUGAUGAUGUAGAUGCCAAGAUUGGUAAUCGUUGGCGGUUACUGGAUAGGGAUUAUGAUGGGAAAGUCACUCCAGAGGAGGUGGCAUCUGCUGCUGCAUACCUCAAGGAUACAUUGGCUAAGGAGGGCAUUCAGGAGCUCAUAGCCAACCUUUCCAAGGACAGAGAAGGGAAAAUCCUCGUCCAAGAUCUGGUGAAGUUAGCCAGUGAAAUAGAAGAUGCUGAAGAGGAAACAACCGAAGAGGAAAAGGCUCAAAAGUAAGACCAAUACAACAGUAAUUUUGAUCCAUUUUAGUGCUAUUCAUUUAGUCUCCAACCUUUCACUUUAUACUAAUGUGGGUGCUUGUAGUUGAAUUUGGGUGAUUGAUAAUGCAGUUCAGAUCCAAUUCACAAAAACUAAAAUGUGUAUGGAUAUGACUGUGUCAACACUUAAAUAUCUCCCUCUUACACCCCCCCCCCCCCCCCCCCCCCCAAAAGCUGUUAUAGCUUUUGUGUGUCUACGGUGGAAAAUAUAGCGGUAUGAUUUAUUAGCGGAGUACUUUGAAAA